AUGGAAGAUAAUGAGAUCAGUUUUAGUAAGGAAGAAGAGCAAACAUCUAUUUUACCAUUUCUGGAAGAGGAAGAAAAAGAGGACAAAGCUGGACAGUGCUGUAAUGUGGAGGAACACUGGGAAGAAUACAAGCUUGAAGAAGAGUUGGCUGGUGGUGGCGAGAUGGGAAACAAGGACACUUCUGAAGGAGUUGGAGACAAAUAUGAUUCUAGCAUGGAAAGCUUGGAACACUAUUUGAGUGAUGUUAAUAAUGUUCAGGCUGUGAAGUAUACAGAUAGAGUUUGCAUAUUAACCUUACAGAGGAACCUAAAAGAGCUCAAUGACAGAGCCAAAGAAAAGGAACUUGCGGUCCAAAAAGUAAGAGACAAGCUGAGUACCUGUCAACUGCGGAUCAAGAUGCUAGCAAAGCAGCUGGAUUGUGUAGACACUGAAAUAGAGAAAGAGGAGGAGGCUGGCAAUGUCGCAGCCUUGUCCUGCCUUCAGGCAAUGCACAAACGACUGUGCACUGAACUGGAGAAAGAGAAGGAUUUUGAGUUGAAAAUUGGUUUGACACUAAAAGAAAACAUGCUUGAGGUGUGGCAGAUAGAAACUGAGCAGGGAAAAUAUGAAAUCCUCCUUGAACAACUUAAAAAAGAUCAGGAGGAGCUAGAGAUGCAAUACCAAGAACGAGCAGAAUAUGAAGAAAGGCAUAAAAAAAUACUGGAAGAUGCCAAAAGGAACCAUGAAAAAGCAGUCUGCUUCCUGAGAAAAAGCAUAGCAAGAAUUCAUGAAAAAAAUGCAAAGGAAGAAGCGAAAACUCAGGAGCAUAUGGAGAGAAGGAUACAAGCUGUGCUUUCCCUGAAAAACAGCAUAACUUCCAAUAGGGAAAAACUCCAAACUCUCCAGGUUUGGAACAAAGCAAUGGCCUUUGAGGCAAAGAAGCAGGAGAUGAAAAUGAGGGAAGCUAUCCUAGCAGAAGGAGGCAAUGUUGCCAAGGAAAUUUUUCUCCAUAAACGACUGCUAGAGCAUGAAAAAGAGAAACAAGCUUUUAGAGAACUGCAAAAAUCAAGAAAAAUUGAGAUUGUAUCUCAAAUUUUGCAAGAAGAAGCUUCUUUUCACAAGCAGAAAAAAAGUCAGUCCUGUACUAAGGCAAUUAAGGGUGGUGGUAAACUUGAGGAUUCUUUACGGUGGAGAAUGAAAACAUGGCAAUAUAUUGAGAAGACCUGGAAACAUUCAGCUGGAGCAAUAUCACAGUCAUGGUGCUCUCCGACAGCUUGUUCCUCAGCUGGUGUGAGAACUGCUUCUGUAGGAGAGAUUUCUGAAAAAAUACCCCAUGAUGUGCUCUGUGAAAGUGGUGGAGAUGAGAAAGGGAGGGAUGACACCCUAGUAGAACCAGAGUUCCCGGGACUUUGGAGUCAGGAAUGUGACUUGCACAAGAUAUCUGAAGAAGAAAUGGAUUCAAAGCAGCUGGCUACAAGGGUAGUGACAAAAGAAAUUUUUGAGAAAAAAAAGGAGGAGCUCCAAACUGGAAUUUUUCACAAGCAAAUAGGGUCUGGUCAUGAACGUAAGGGAUGUACUUUCUAUAGUAAACCAAGUUGCAUUCAUUUCAAGGAUUUUGAUGUUGGUCAAAUCUACAAAAAGAAGAUAGUUUUGAUAAAUGCAUCCUACAGUGUUAACUUCUGCAGAUUAGUGGGAGUCAGUGAGUGGCUCAAGGACUUCAUCAGUAUUCGUUUUGACCCACCUGGCAAAAUGUCUGCUGGAAUGUCUUGUGAAGUAGUGGUAACAUUUAAGCCGAUGAUAAAUGAAACUCUGGAAGGAGAAAUCAUGUUUAUGGCACAGACAGGUUCUUUUUCUGUUCCAUUGAAAUGUACAGCCAAGAGAUGCAUUCUGGCACUAGAUAAAGAGCUCAUUGACUUUGGCAGCCAUGUGGUGGGAGAGACAAUUUCACGGACCAUCAAUCUGACAAACAGUGGAGCUUUGGGAACAAGAUUCAAAGUUCAGGCAUCAGCAGGUGACAGCAGUACAUGCAGAACAACAGCAAAGUCUUCUGGAAGAAUGGUUACUCGACAUUUCAGUGACUGUGUCCCUGAACAGAAAGUCAGCGAUAGUCCUGUGACAUCUGUAGUUGAAAAGAAGGAACAAAUUUGUCCUGACCAUAGUGAAGAAGUGACCUACUGUGUAGCCCAGGUGGAGCAGCAGAGGACUGAGACAAGCCUGAGCAGUAGUUCCACAGAACAACUUGGCCAAGAUGUACUAAAUUCCAGAUCAGAUGUAGGCACAGACAAUACACAUAAUUUAGUGGAACUUUCUCCUGAAGAAACACCAGUCGAAAUUAUGCUUGGAAAGGUUACUGAGGGUGAAAUUGGACCCUUUAGCUCAGUCAAACUUCAGAUUCUAUUUAUUCCAGCUGUCCCUGGAGAUGUGCGGGCACAGUUUGUGAUCAUGUUUGACAACUCAGACUGCAAACCACUGUGCUUUAGUGCCAUUGGAGUGUCUAUUGAUGUGCCGGUUUGGGUGCCCAACCCCAACAUUGAUUUAAAGAUCUGUAUGUAUGACCGACUUUAUCAGGACUGCAUUGUCAUUCAAAGCAGAGCAAAAGCCACGCUGCGUUUGAAGUUUGAAGUAUGCAAAGAAUUGAGUAAGCACAUGGAGCUGCUUCCAAAAACAGGUUACAUUCAAGCUCAGUCUUCCUUCAGUGUGCAAUUGAAGUUUCUGCCCAGGCACUCUCUUCCUGAAGAUGCAGGGAGACGUUUUAAUGAAGAGACAAGAGUUCUGGAAGUUCCAGUGACAAUACUGAUUGUGGAUAAGGCUAAAAAAGUUAAUAUUACUGUCCAUGCAAUUGUUACUACUUCUGAUUUGGAAAUCAGUCCAGCACAAAUCAAUUUUGGAUACUGCACAGUCUAUGAAGCUGUGCAGACAAAUGUCACGCUAACGAACAAAUCCAUCUUGCCACAAGAGUUUGGAUUUGUGGGACUUCCAGAGUUUGUUGAAAUUCAACCCAAUGACGGAAUUGGAAUUCUUCUUCCCCUUGAAAGCCUGACAUUGGACGUUAUCUUUAAAGCUGACAAGGCAAAAGAGUACAGCUUUGAACUAACCUGCAAGUCAGAGAUCAAUAGACAAUUCAAGCUGUCAUGCAAAGCAGUUGGAGUCCACCCACCUCUUGAAUUGUCUCAUUCCUUAGUUCAGUUUGCUGCAACAGCUUUAAAUGGUGUGUCUACAGCAAAACUGUAUGUGAUGAAUUCCCAUGCGAGUGUCAACCACUUCACUCAUGCUGUCCCAAGAAUUGGCAAUGGGGAAGUUGCCCCUGUUGGACCCACUUCAUUUGAAUUCUGUGUGCCAGAAGACUGUCCAGUGACAAUUACACCUUCUGUUGGAACUGUGUUGCCGGGGAAGAAAAGCUUGAUUCAAGUGUCCUUCAGACCAACAUUGUCAGAUCAGCUAAUCAGAGAAGAGGCAGUUCGGAGGCUUUGCAGAGCAGCUGCGACAGGGGCAGAAAUACAAAUGAUUCUUAUUCUUGGAUUUUCUAGUUCAGAUGCUUAUAUGGUAGCCCAGGCUUUCCUGAUGAGGAAUUUCAGUGGGAGGUUUGAAAAAUUCAUCAUACCGUGCUUUGUUGCAAGUGGACAGAUCGAUGAAAAGAAAGGCUCUGGAAACCUAAGCUGCAGCCCUUACAACACUUUGUACUUGGAGUUGCACUGUCCAGCUGUAGCACCAUCUGUUGUGAUCACUUCAGAUAAUGGAAAAAACACGGUCAAUUUUGGUGAUGUUGCAGUAGGCCACAGAAUGAUUAAGCGAAUUACAAUACAAAAUAUCUCCCCAGAGAAGCUGGAACUAGGAUUCUCAGUUCUGAAUCCCAAUGGUCCCUUCCUGUUGGUCAGACCAGUUGGAAUGCUUGAGCCAGGUGAAAAUAAAGCCCUCAUCAUCUCUUUUUGUCCAAAUGAGAAUAAAUGGUUUUGUGAAACGCUGGACAUCCGGACGGCAAAAACCAAUCUAACCCUAAGUAUCACUGGUUGUGGGGUGAUGCCAUCAACUGUUUGCUCUGUGGAAGAAGUACUCGAUAUGGGAUAUGUCAUAGCCAGAGAGAAGGUGACUUCCACAUUCAAGAUCCAGAACACUUCCACGCUGACCCUGCAAUACUCCGUACAACUAGAUUCACUUUCAUCAACAAGGGACAAAGAUCAGCAGAGACUUCCAUCCUUUAUUACGUCCUCUUUACAAAGAACAGAGUUUGUUGGAACACAGAACUAUAAUGGCUUAAGUGUGUUCAGCAUCUUUCCAACAGAAGGAGAAAUUGUUGCUGGGAAGAGUCAGGAUUUUAUUGUUACUUUCAGUCCUGAUCAUGAAAGUCUGUACUAUUCUGACCGUCUCAAGUUUGUGCUCUUUGGCAAGAAAAUAGCCCAUGUGAUCCACCUAAAGGGUGCAGCAAGAGAUCAUCCAAUGUUUGUGGAAGGGGGAGUUCCGCUAGAUGUGCCCAUUGAGUCCUUGGCUGUGACAUUACCUACGUCAUCACAGAAGGCACUAGAAGGAGAGCUACAAGAACCAGUGAAGUCCAUUCUCCUCAUGCUGGACUAUAUCGAGGGAGAGAGUUCUCCAAGGCCAGCAGUGACAGAACUGAAAGUUGGAGCUAUACAAACAGCUCAGUUUGCAUCUAAGAAGAACGUGGAGUUCCGUUUUGAUAGCCUGCCACUCCUGCAGCAGAAGGGAUUCACUGUUGAAUCUGUGAAGGGAACGAUUGAGCCUGGUCAAGUAAAAUGCAUCAGUGUUUCUUGGGUGCCACCUGCUGACUUUCGGGCCGAUGACCCUCUGCUUGUGACAGCCCUCCUGACCUUAAAAGGUGAUAUUAAGGAAUCUUACCGAAUUCUCUUCAUGGCAAAAGUUGUGUCUGCAUAUGCUCCCACUAAGUGA